AUGUCUGUCGCAACCCUGCUGCAACCGGCCUCGCGAGGCUCGACCUCGACCAAUUCCUCUUUCGAACCGAUGACUCGCCAGAACACCUUCUCAAGCCAUGAUGGCGCCCGGUCCUUGCGCCAGAGUAAGCGCGUCAGUAUGACGGCUUUGUAUGCUAGCAUGAGCGCAAAAGAUAAGGAUCUGGAAAUCAGCGACGAUCUUGCCCGGGCACAACGCACCCUCAGAGAUCUCAAGGCCAAGAUUUCCAAUCAGUCGAAGAAGAACUUUGUCCUCGAGAAGGACGUUCGAUAUUUGGACUCCAGGAUUGCUCUGUUGAUUCAAAACCGGAUGGCUUUGGAAGAGCAAAACGAAGUAGCCAGUCAUUUGGACGAUGCAGCUGAACUGCAGGAAGGUUCGUUUCCCAACGACGAAAAGACGCAGAAGUACGGCAACCUGCUUUUCAUGCUGCAAUCGGAGCCUCGGCACAUUGCGCAUUUGUGCCGCUUGGUCACGAUGGCCGAAAUAGAUUCCCUCCUGCAGACCGUCAUGUUCACCAUCUAUGGAAAUCAGUACGAAAGUCGGGAAGAACAUCUUCUCUUGACCAUGUUCCAGUCCGUCCUGACGCACCAAUUUGAGACAACCCCGGAGUAUUCGUCGUUGCUCCGUCAGAACACGCCGGUUUCACGGAUGAUGACCACCUAUACCCGACGCGGCCCGGGCCAAAGUUUCCUCAAAGAGGUUUUGGCAGAGAAGAUCAAUUCCCUGACAGAACUAAACAAUGUAGACCUCGAAAUCAAUCCCCUCAAGGUCUACGAAGCGAUGGUGAAGCAGAUCGAAGAAGAUACCGGUUCUCUUCCAGAAGACUUGCCACGGUCGGUGACCGCCGAGUUUGCCGCAGAGAAUGCCCAAGUUCAAGCCAUCAUUGCACCACGGCUGAAUAUGCUGACCGAAAUCGCCGAGGGAUUUCUGUCCGCGAUCAUCGAAUGCUUGGAGGACACCCCGUAUGGAAUUCGCUGGAUCUGCAAACAGAUCCGAAACCUCUCCCGGCGCAAGUAUCCUGAAGCCCAGGACCAGGCGAUCUGUACUCUGAUUGGUGGAUUCUUCUUUUUACGCUUCAUCAAUCCUGCAAUUGUCACCCCCAAGUCUUACAUGCUGAUCGAACGAGUCCCGGACGAGAAACCGAAACGGACGCUGACAUACAUCGCUAAAAUGCUCCAGAAUCUGGCCAACAAGCCGUCCUACGCAAAAGAGCCAUACAUGGCCAAGUUGCAGCCCUUUAUUCACCGUAACAAGGACCGGUGCAACAAGUUUUUGCUUGACCUCUGCGAGGUGCAAGAUUUCUAUGAGAGUUUGGAGAUGGACAACUAUGUCGCAUUGUCCAAACGUGAUCUCGAGUUGCAGAUCAGCUUGAACGAGGUCUAUGCCACUCACGCUCUGCUAGAGAAGCAUAGUGCCGAACUGGCCAAGGACCCUUCCUCACACCUCGGUAUUCUGCUUCAAGAACUAGGACCAGCCCCUCCUCAACUGCCGCGGAAGGAGAACAGAGCCAUUACUCUUCCCCUGUUCAGCAGAUGGGAGGCCUCGUUCGAUGAUCUAACCCAUGCCCUGGACAUCACUCAGGAAGAGAUCUAUUUCAUGGAAGCGAAAAGCACGUUUGUGCAAAUCAUGCGAAGUCUGCCUCAAAACGCCGCCGUCAUGCGACGACCGCUGCGUCUUGAUCGCAUCGCCGAGGCGGCGGGUACUCUGAAGAAUGACGCUGUCAUGGUCCGCAAGGGUAUCCGUUGCAUGGAACUCCUUACGCAACUUGCAGAGAUGGGGGUGGUCGAUCCUGGUGACGAUUACGCCGUCCUUCGUGAUGAGGUGGAGCAGGAACUCGCCCAUCUGGGCUCUUUGAAGGAAAAGGUGCUCGAGGAGACGGCCAAGUUGGAAGACGUGUACAAAACGAUCCGUGAUCACAACGCGUAUCUCCUCUCGCAACUCGACACUUACAAGAACUACUUGCACAAUGUCCGGAGUCAGUCCGAGGGAGCGAGACGAGGUAAAGCGGAGAAAGUCCGGGAGUUGGGACCAUAUAAAUUCACCCACGCCCAGCUGGAGAAGGAUGGUGUCAUCACACGAAGCAAUGUUCCGGAAAACCGAAGGGGCAACAUUUAUUUCAUGUUCCGGAGCCCUCUGGCGGGCACUUUUGUCAUCAGCCUGCAUUAUAAAGGGCGCGCGCGUGGUCUGCUCGAGUUGGAUUUGAAGUUGGACGACCUGUUGGAGAUGCAAAAGGACGGCCAGGAAGAUCUCGACCUGGAAUAUGUGCAAUUCGACGUCUCAAAGGUCCUCGCAUUGCUCAACAAGAGAUUUGCGAGGAAGAAGUGA